AACAAAGAUUUCAUCUUGCCUCGUUGGAAAGCCCCGCGCCAAGUACAUCAAUUGCACCGAGCCCCGACCGCUUUUCCACAAUUUGCACUGCUUCUAAGCAGCUGUCGCCAACCGGAUCUCGGAGCGCGGGAGACACGACGCCCGGUGCAUCCACCUGGAAGGUUGGGGGUUAGUCCAAAGACCCGAGUCACGGACAGCAGGAUAGCCUCGUCGCCCUCGUCGCAUAGCCUAGGCAAAUUCUGGUAGGAUCCACUCAAGGUCAUCCUCAUACAUAAGGGCUCCCACCCCUGAGCUCAACAAAAAUGUCGCUACCUCGGUUUUCUGUCCUCCAAGGAGUCCGCGCCAUCCGUCGUCCUGUUCACCUUCACUCGUUGCGUCUUCCAGUCCAGAGAAGUCCAGUCCGUUUCCAGUCUACAACCACUGCCACUGCAGACUCUACCGCCUCCGGCUCCAAAGAAUCCUCAUUCCUUCGCAGAGCAGCGUCCUUUUGUGGCGGCGCCCUCCUCUUCAGCGCCAUCGGUUUCAUCAUGGCCACGGCUCCCGCCUACAAAUCGGUGGGGCAGAUCCUGUCCCCCACGACCGACGCGGAGUCACUCAAGGUGUUCGAGCCGGCGCAUCCCGAUUCCGAGGAGAAAGAGGAGUUUAUAGACUCGCAUCCCCUGGUGAAGUCGCUGCGCGCCGAACCCGACUUCACCGAGAGCCGCCCGCACAUGAAGAUCCCCGCGGCGUGGCGGACGCAGAACCUGACGGCCGGCACGCUGAUGGGACCGGGCAAGGUGGCCGUACCGCCCUUCGCGUUCAACGAGAAAGGGGGCAAGAGCUACGUGCAGAUAUCUCAUGUCGGGACCGAUCUCUGCGGUCACGUCGGCAUCAUCCACGGCGGGUUCCUUGCCACCAUGCUUGACGAGGGGCUGGCGAGGUGCUGCUUCGCCGCGCUGCCCCAUAACAUUGGCAUGACGGCCAAACUGGAAGUUAACUAUAAGGUGCCGGCCAAGGCGGAUCAGUAUCUGGUGCUGAGGGCGACGACGACCAAGGUCGAGGGUCGGAAAGCCUGGGUUGAAGGCCACAUUGAGACACUACCUGCCACCGAGGAUGAGCAGCCUACUGUGCUAGCUACGGCUAGUGCAUUAUACGUUUCGCCCAGGCAGGCAUCGAUGAUGGCGAAGGUAUACCCGGUGACGUGAGAGGGGACAUGCACGAGGCAGGUCCCAUUGGAAUUGAACUAUCGAGUCGAGCGGCGUUGCCGACCUGAUGAUGCAAUGCAUGAUAGAACAUAGAGGAGUUUGGUGUUUGGAGGUCACAGAUUUAGACUUUCUUCCUUGCCCAAGAAAGGGGUAUUUUACAUUGGUUGAAGGUGUCUUAGAACAAGCGCAUGGUGCCGAUGUCGAUUAUUUUUACCUGGGGCCAUACGUCACAUAUAUAGUUGAAGAUAGCAACCUUGAUAGACACUGCACAUAAAUAACAAGCCAGGCGCAAAGGCCCCCACUAAAA